CAAAUUACAUCCAGUCAUUUAUAGUUUCUGUUGCGCAGUUGGACGCUGAGCCCUGGCUGAGGCCCUGUUAUGCCACUGUUGUCCCCCGGGCUCUCCUGUUGCUGCGGGUGUAAUGUGUGACAAGUUGCAGAUCACUAUAUAGAGCACGGGCGGACGCUAGUCGUUUCCACGAUGUGGCGACAGAGCGCAUCCCCACAGCUAUAGCCAAUGAUCAUCCGCAGGAAGCCUGAUAAGUCCCCGUCACUGGGGGGGCUCGCUGUCCACUGGUCUUGUGUGCUUGUCUACAAUGAUUUACAAGGUACAAACAGUAUGGGAUCCCUGAGUGGAUUGGAUGUCCGACGAAGAAUUCCAAUUAAGCUAAUUUCAAAACACCCAAACAAAAGUAAACUAUCACCUCGGCCUGCAAGAAAUAUGAACAGAAUACCUGCAAAGCCUCAGCAAGGUGGAGAAGAAGGCUUUGAUUAUAAUGAAGAAGAAAGGUAUGAUAAUAAAGGAAAUGAUAUGUUUGGCAAUCAACGAAGAUUUCCAGCGCUUCUGUUUUGGGAUUUUAAGCUCAACCUUAUUGGAGAAAAGGAUGAUACGCCUGUUCAUUUCUGUGACAAAUGUGGCUUGCCCAUCAAGAUAUAUGGCCGUAUGAUUCCUUGCAAGCAUGUCUUCUGUUAUGACUGUGCUCUCUUACAUGAGAAAAAGGCCGAUAAGCUUUGCCCAGGAACACUUGUUGAAGAAAGUACUGACACCUAUAAACGUGUGAGUUGUAAUGAUCCUGUCCAGCGAAUAGAGCAGUGUGCACGUGGAUCUCUCUUUAUGUGCAGUAUUGUUCAAGGAUGCAAGAGAACAUAUUUGUCGCAGAGAGACUUACAGGCUCAUAUCAAUCAUCGACAUAUGAGAGCUUCAAAGCCAACCAAUCGUCCGCCACCUGAACCCAUCCAUCCUCCAAUGGCCCCACCCCCUGCAGAUAUGGCUGAUCGUUUUAUAAUGCCUCCAGAUAAGCACCAUUUGAGUCACAUGCCUCCAAAGCAGCACAUACUGAUGCCCCCUCCCCCAAUUCAGCAUGUGCCUCAUGAGCAUUUUAAUCAGCAGCAUGAAGAUAUGCGGGCGUCUCCUGCAGAACUUUCCAUGGCACCACCACCACCACGCCCUGUUAGUCAAGAUGCUUUCCGAAUUAAUACUAGAAAACACAGCAAUUUAAUAACCGUACCUAUUCAAGAUGAUUCAAAUUCUGGGGCUAGAGAAACUCCUCAGGCACCUGGUCCGUCUCUCCAUCAUCCUGAGUAUCCUGGUCAACCAGUUGUAACCCAUCCUCACCAUAUUAUGCCUCCGCAGCAACAUUAUGCACCACCCCCUCCACCACCACCCCCGAUAAGUCAUCCAAUGCAGCACCCACCUCAAGCAGGUGGUACACCUCACAUGGUGUACAGUCAAGGACCCCCACCACCUAUGACAGGUGCUCCACCACCAAUUACACCUCCUCCUGGACAUAUAAUUGCUCAAAUGCCACCAUACAUGAAUCAUCCUCCUCCAGGACCUCCACCACCACAACAUGGUGGGCCACCUGUAAAUGCCCCUCCUCCACAUCAUUACAAUCCCAACUCUUUACCACAGUUUAAUGAAGAGCAAGGAACUCUCAGUCCACCUUUCACACAGCCUGGGGGAAUGAGUCCAAGCAUAUGGCCUGCACCAAGAGGGCCACCACCACCUCCACGUAUGCAGGGUCCUCCCACUCAAGCCCCUAUUCCUGGACCACACCACCCUGAUCAGGCUCGAUACAGGCCGUAUUACCAGUGAUCUAUGCAUAUUGACUAUUGGAUUUAUUUUUAUGCAUAAUUUGCAAAUUACAUUAAUAUGUAUAGACUGACUUUUGUAAAUCUAUUUUGGAUUCUUGUGCAUACAUAUUGUUUUACUCAUGCAUUGAUCUUUAACCAAAACAUUCUUAAUCAUGACAUUAUGUAUACAUAAUGCAAAGUGAUUUUUAUGUAUUUCAGUACACAGUACUUACCAUUUAAUGCCCUCCACCACUUUGCUUCUCUGAAUCUUGCUUUGUGUUAACAGCACAUCUAUAGGUAUCAGUUGUGAUGCUUUUAUGAAACUGUUCAGAAUGAAUGUAUAUUUAGAUGUACAGUUGUGUUAUACUGUAGUCUGGUAUUUAUACCAGUUGAUAAAUAAAUACUGUUAUCUAGAA